AUGGAAGUAAAGCCCGUGCACAUCCGACACUGCCUGCUCUUUGACUUCGACCUGGCCGUCUCCGCUACUCAGGCGCACCGUCAUUUGCGCCAGACGGAAGGCCGUGACGACCCCUCCCUCAACACCUGCCACGACUGGUACAAUCGCUUCCGCUCCGGCGAAAGGAUCCUCGAGGUCCGACCUAUGUCGGGACGUCCCUCCGAGGUGGACUUGGACGCCCUGCUCAGGCUCAGCCUGGUGGAGGCCGACCCGAGAGCAACCAGGCGCAGUCUGGCCGCCACCCUCCUCUGCUCCAACGCUGCCAUCGACAAUCAUCUCCACUCUAUCGGCAAGACACAUGCGAAAAGAUAUAAGAUAUCCUUCCUCGAGAAGGAAGACCUGGUAGAGCUUCCAAGAAAAUCUGCGGCGGUGGACGACCGACGGAUGAUCACGUCUUCUAGGAAGUGCAGUAGAACGCACUCGACUGUACUGUCGCCCAUCCAAUCUCUAUUCUGUGUAAAUGAUAUUUGGGGAUUAUCAUGGCCGCCCACUGUGUUCUGCGCUUCUGGAUACCGCAUCCUCGGCGAGGCCUUCUCCAUUGAAGCGAGUACAUUUCUGAUCUUCUUUGAUGAUCCGAUAAUGCAAAGAGGCUCUUCAAUGCCCUUGAUCAGGGCAACUGUCAAAGUCCUCUUCUUGCUGGAUCUCCUAUCCAUCAUUGUUUGUGGAGCCGUGGGGGGACACUGCUCUACUGACUGGCAAUCAGUAGAGAAGCAACUUGACAAUGAAGCUGGGAGAGGAGCCUUCAAAUGUUUACUUCAACCAGAGACCCAUUGUGGCCUGAAUUGCCAAGGCAUCUUCAUGAACCAGACCUUCUCACUGGUCAUAGAAGCUGAUGGCUGCCUUCAUCCUCCAGGGAUCUCCAUCAAUGUCACCAUUCCCUCUAUUCGUCUCAUUUCGUACAAGCAAACAUAUCAGGAGAGUUCCAGACAGCCCAUACCAUAUGCCUACUACUCAUCAAAGAAGCAAGCAAUACCAUGUGAUGACGAAGUGAGGAGAUGCAAUGUAACAGAGUUGUUCAAGUGCCUGCAGUAUGAAACUUGUAUUCCCCUCUCAAAAGAUGGUUCAGAAGGGGAGUGCAAGUGUCUGCUUCCAUACACUGUGAAUGAGAAAGGAGAGUGUGCUGUGGUCCCCACUAAGCCUCUCCCAACCACCACUAGUCCUUUGCCUCCUUCAGCCCCAACCACUCCUGGCUCGAGUACAUCUUCUACAAACAGUGGGGGAAUCCUGGCAGGAGUCUUUGUUCCGCUGUUGCUGCUGGUGCUUGGUGCAUGUGCCUUCACUCUUUACCGCAAAGGAUUCUGUCCUCGACUGAGAGCCCCUGCAGGUGCUAUGACCCUGGUUGAAGAUCCCAUGAGGCGAGGUGAUGACGAUGAUGUCCCCCCAGUCACAUGACCCAUCACAUAUCUCCCUAUCUUCUCAGACUUGUGAUACUUCAUUGUAAAUCAAGAAUCUCUUCCCAGUUACUUUCUUCUUCUCAUUUAAUGCACUAGUCAGUUGUGUUCUUCAUCAGUAAAAAGAACAUGCCGUUUGAGGGUCCUUGUUACCUGUGCAGUAGUUUGAUCUGAAUAAAGAAUGAUGAUCUUGACAAUACAAUAAUACCUUUCAAUGCCCUG